CAUGGGUGGUUGGUAAUGGAGAUUGACUGUGUGACUCAGGGUGGUAUUAGGGAAAGUCAUUGGUUACAUUAAUUAUACCAAGAGUGACUGUAGUGUGUAUAUGCAUUAUACAAAAUAGAAUUAGUGUUUGUAUCUUGUUGGAGGAUAUAAACAAAAAGUUUGUUGUCUGAGAGAAAUGUGAUGUCAUCUUCAUCACAGUGAACCUGAGAGAGAUGACCUUGACCUUAACCUUUCUGGUGGCCUUGACCUUGGUUGUGACCUUGGAGGCCAAGAAUGAGCUACAUCUGGAAAAUGUCACAGCAAUUGUGGGUCACAAGUUUGAGUACCUGAUUGGCAACGAGGAAUUUCUUAAAACUUACAGAGUAAUCAAGGUUGUUGAAAAGGGUCACCGCACAAUGCCAGCCUGGUUGGAGUUUGACACAACAUCCAGUCUACUGACCGGUAUGCCGGGACCGAGUGACCUAGGAGAGGUCGCGAUGAGGAUCAGAGCCGAAUGCAUCAAUGCGUCGACCUUGAUCUGUCAGGAGAAGAUAUCGCGCACGUUCCACAUCACUGUUGUGGAGCCUCUCAGAGUGGCAGAAUCUCGCGCUGCCCCUGACCAGCCUCCGUACGUGAACCAGUCCAUAGAUCACCUUGAGGUCACGCUGGGUCGCUACUUUGAGUUCAACGUGCGACCUUCAACCUUCCUCGAUCGGGAGGACGGCGACACUCGCAAUCUCAGUCUCGCCAUUAGUCUCAUGAACGGGAGGCCACUGCCCAACAACAGCUGGCUCUUGUUGGACCUUAAAACGCAAAGUUUGUUCGGAAUUCCGUAUGCAGAUGAUGGGGGAAGAGAUACAACAUUGAAACGUUUCAUACUCACUGCGACUGAUUCUCAGGAGCAGAGCGUGAAGGAUGUGAUAAGCAUUUCGUACAAGCAUGAAACCAAAAUUACUCACAAAUUUAUGCUUACUUUAAAUAGCAGUGUGGAAAGGUAUUUAACUGCUUCUUCUGACUAUCGUAGGUAUUUAAGUCAGGUAGCCAGGAAUAUUGGAAAAUAUUUCAAUGAUAUUGAUUUACGAUAUUUCACAUUUUUCUACCCGGGCGAUGGAUUGUCAAUGCCAUAUGUAUGGGGCAAUAAUUCACUCUUCACAGAUGAAUGUCAAAAGCAGGAUAUUCAAUCACUGUUUGACAGAAUCAUGCACGAGAAUUACUCGUUUGUUCCCGAGUUUGCGUCCCGAUUUCAAAGUGAAAGUCCCCCUGACCUAGCCCUGUCAGCAGAACUAUUUUUUUUUGGAGCUUGUCUGGUCCCUCGGUCAACUGAUUCACCCAUCCAAAAGACGGCUGCUGUAGACAAUGCAUGGAUGGAGGUAGUUUUACCAGCAUUAAUUGCAAUAUUAGCAAUCAUCAUUCUGGCAAUAGUGUUAUUGAUAUGUUGUCGACACAGACGUGCGACGAAACGCGUAGCCCAUGACAAGCCAGACAAGCCCAUGUUUUUGGAGGAUCGUCGCCCAAUCAUAUUCCCAGAGGAGCUGGAAAUGCUGGACCCAUCAAGGAAGCCCAUGAGCCCGAUAGUUCUGCCUGCAGACUACUUACGCGAGACUCCGCCUGCAGUCCCACCUCAUGGACGACCAUCCCCAGCCUAUCCGCCGGCUCGCUCGAUAGAAGACGAGUCCUACCUGCAAACCCAAGGCUCAUCUGUACCUCAGGGCCACUACCGAGAGCAGACAUUAGACCCACCACCUUACAGGCUACCUCCGCCAUAUUUCAACCCUCACCGAUAUUCAUAGUUAAUUGAGUGGCAUUCUUGGUAAAGUGAGAUAAUACUUGUGCGCAAUGUCAUCUGAACAAGCUAAUCAGGGACAACCAUUUCUGCUGUAACUAGAUUUUCUCUAAGAAGAGAGUUCCUUUCAACGAAAAGUACCAUAAAAGUGUCAAGUGUCAUCCCUGAUUAGCCUGUGUAGACUGCGCAGGCUUAUCUGGGAUGACACUUAACACAAAGGCAUAAAGCCCAGUUGUCCAAAAACAUGGCUCAAUUGUAAAUUCUCUGUAAUAAAUUGGCCCAUGUUGUCCUUGUGGGGAUAUCUAAUAUUCAUGACCAUACAAUUUAGUUUUUACAUGGUAAUCCAUGUAUAUUCUACUCUCACCGAUAUAUUUAUAGUCCAUAAUAAUUAUGUCACAAAUUGUCUUGUCUUCCUGGGUACCUUACAUUAAUGACCAUGCUAUAUAGUUUUUACAUGGUAAUCCAUUUAUAAUUAAUUUUAUUUUCACCGAUGUAUAUUUAUAUAUAGUUUAUAAGAAUUCUUUGUCACAAAUUGGCCUAUCUUGUCUUUCUUACAUCUAUGACCACGCUACUAUUUAGUAUUUACAUGUAAAUCCUUGUAUAUUCUUUACUACUCUCACCAAUAUUCAAUGUCCAUAGUAAAUAAUUUUUUUUUUCCUUAGAUUGGCCCAUAUUGUGGGUCUUCAGGUUCACUGAUAUAGGAUUAACAUCCUGUCUUUCCAAAACUCUGUCGGACCUACAGACCUGAUCAACUAAAUUUGCCAUGGUCCAAUAGAAAUUCCAUAUUUUAGUCAGCCCAAAUGGUAUCAAUUUGAAAGUAGAACAAAAUAAUGUACAUUUUACUGUAAAUUCCAACAGCAGAAUUACUGAAUGCAUUUUCAAUCCCUAUUAAUUAGGGAUGGCAUCGAAUACCUAUAUCGGUUUUCGAAUAUUUGCAAAUCCAUUCAAUUGAAUAUUCGAAUAUUCGCAUAAAACGGCUGGAUUGAUUUAACUUCUAUUACUCAGUUUCGUAUCCAGUAGGGAUAUUAAAUAUAAAUUGACACAGAAAUUUAAUUGAAUAUACAAUUGUUGUGUUGAGAAAUAGAAAGAAAAUGUAGCUUAAUUGUAAAAACAAACUUUGAAAAAGCCUAUUUAGACGAAAUAUAUCAGAAAAUAGUGAAACUUGUUCUGUGGUAACUUCCAUUGUUUUGUAAGUUAUAUCCGUUAUGCUGAAUACGAGGUUGUUUAUUAACAUUGCUAUCGAAUAAUUGUAUCGCUGUCCGCUAAUACUAUGACCGAUACUGAAAUCGGACACACAUCUAAGGAAAAACAUCUUGUCAUAGAAUUGUAUUUUAAUUUGAAAUUUAUAAGUAACGAUAGCAUGUACGUUUAUUUAUUUUAAUGUCUGUUCAAACUGUGAUCACAGAAACUAAAUUAUUAUUCGCCAGUCAAUUGAAGCCCUUAAUUGGCACCUAAUUGACAAACAACAAUUCGGGCCCUUUCUUAGAGUGUGCAUAUUGCAUUGCGCAAUUUGAGUGAUUCACACAUCUUAAUGGCUGUUCAUACUGUGAUCACAGAAACUUAAUUAUUAAUUAUUAUUCGCCAGUCAAUUGGCAGUUUAUUGGCACCCCAUUGACAAAUAACAGUUCGGGCCCUUUCUUAGAGUGUGUAUAUUGCAUUGCGCAAUCAACGCUGAUACGGGCCGCGUUAUCAGUUUGACACGAAGAACGUCACAUCAAACAUGUUAAUCCCAAAUGAUUUCGGGUGGCAAUUAGUAAGCGGGUCGCAGGUCAUUUAAUAUUAGGGCAACUACGUUUGAAAAAAAUGCGAAUAUGCUAAUAUCAAUUCUGUGAUUCCAAUACUGACCAUUCAAUCGAAUAUUCAAAUAAUUUUGCCAUCCCUACUAUUAAUAUUCACGGAUGGAUUUGUGUUUAUUCGUAUUGUGUUAAGAAGUUUUUUUGCUUUAAUGCCAAGGUUAUCAAGAUCAGCCAAGAAGAUAAUGUUCUUUCUGGAAAUUCCCUGUAUACACCGGCUUCCCUGUUUUGUCUGAGCAUCAAAAUGCUUAUAGAAUUAGAAGCAGCUGGUCAAACUUACAUCAGAGCAAUACAGGAUUUUCCUACGGUCAAAAAAAGGCCAAAGUCAACAAAGUGAAAGACAACAAACAUAUCUUUUUUAGUCAACUGAGCACAACGUGCUAAUGGUGAGCUUUUGUAAUCGCAUUUUGUCAAUCGUGCGUCGUCCGGCAUCAACAUUUGCCUUGUUAACACUCUAGAGGCCACAUUUAUUGUCCAAUCUUCAUGAAAUUUGGUCAGAAGAUUGGUCUAAUGAUAUCUUGGAUGAGUUCGAAAAUGGUUAUGUUUGCUUGAAAAACAUGGCUGAUAAGGGGCGGGCCAUUUUUCCUUAUAUGGCUAUAGUAAAAUCUUGUUAACACUUUAGAGGCCACAUUUAUUGUCCGAUCAUCAUGAAACUUGGUCAGAAGAUGCAUCACAAUAAUAUCUUGGUUGAGUUCGAAAAUGAUGCCGGUUGAUUGAAAAACAUGGCCGCCAGGGGGCGGGGCAUUUUUCCUUAUAUGGCUAAAGUAAAACCUUGUUAACACUCUAGAGGCCACAUUUAUUUUCCGAUCUUCAUGAAACUUGGUGAGAUGAUUUGUCCCAAUGAUAUGUUGGAUAAGUUCGAAAAUGGUUUUGGUUGCUUUAAAAACAUGGCGACCAGGGGGCGGGGCAUUUUUCCUUAUAUGGCUAUAUAUGGCUAUAGUAAAAUCUUGUUAACACUCUAGAGACCACAUUUAUUGUCCGAUCUUCAUGAAACUUGGUCAGAAGUCUUAUCCCAAUAAUAUCUUGGACGAGUUCGAAAAUGAUACCGGUUGGUUGAAAAACAUGGCCGCCAGGGAGCGGGCAUUUUUCCUUAUAUGGCUAUAGUAAAACCUUGUUCACACUCUAGAGGCCACAUUUACAUUGUAUUUUCCGAUCUUCAUGAAACAUUCAGAAGAUUUGUCCCAAUGAUAUCUUGGAUGAGUUCGAAAAUGGUUUCGGUUGCUUUAAAAACAUGGCUACCAGGGGGCGGGGCAUUUUUCCUUAUAUGGCUACAUGUAUAAAUGGCUUUUGUAAAACCUUGUUAACAAUCUAGAGGUCACAUUAAAUGUCCAAUCUUCAUGAAAUUUGUCAGAAGAUUGGUAUCAAUAAUAUCUUGGAUGAGUAUGAAAAUAGUUACGUUUCUUGAAAAACAUGGCUGCCAAGGGACGGGGAAUUUUUCCUUAUAUGGCUAUAAAUGGCUAUAGUAAAAUCUUGUUAACACUCUAGAGGCCACAUUUAUUGUCCGAUCUUCAUGAAACUUGGUCAGAAGAUUCAUCCCAAUAAUAUCUUGGACGAGUUCAAAAAUGAUGCCAGUUGGUUGAAAAACAUGGCCACCAGGGGGCGGGGCAUUUUUCCUUAUAUGGCUAUAGUAAAACCAUGUUGACACCCUAGAGGCCACAUUUAUUUUCCGAUCUUCAUGAAACUUGGCCAGAAGAUUUGUACCAAUGAUAUCUUGGACGAAUUCGAAAAUUGUUCCGGUUGGUGGAAAAACAUGGCCGCCAAGGGAGCAUGGCACAUUUCCUUUUAAAGCUAUAGUAAAACCAUGUUAACACUCUAGAAGCCAUACUUAAUGUCCGAUCAUCAUGAAACAUUGUCAGAAGAUUUGUCCCAAUGAUAUCUUGGACAAGUUCGAAAAUGGUUCUAGUUGCUUGAAAUACAUGGCCACCAGGGGGCGGGGCAUUUUUCCUUAUAUGGCUUUAUGAAUCUUCAUGAAACUUUGUCAGAAUAUUUGUUUAAAUGAUAUCUUGGAUGUGUAUGAAAAUGGUUCUGGUCUGUUUUGUAAACGUGGCUGCCAGUGUGUUCACUAGUCAUGAAAGUUGGUCAGAACAUUUUGUUCUAAUGACAUCUUGGGCUGCACAAAACAGGUCAGUUCCUUUCCUCUCAGGUGAGCGACUUUGGACUUUGUUUUAAUUUACUAGAUUGUUUAGUAUAUACCGGUAGUAUAAGAAUAUAAAAUACUAAAACAAUUCAAUUAAAUUAAUUAAAAAAAAAAAAAAAAAAAAUUGCUUAUAAAAUGCAAUACGUUAUGUUAUAAUUAAACAUAUUCUUAUUAUAAAAAAUAGACAGUAAGGUUAAAGACAAAGUUUUAUUAAUUGCAUUUAGUGUGAAAACUUUGUAGCAGGUCUUUAGGUAUGUUCUUGUCAGUCAGACCAAAUGCCUGACUGAGGACUCCCAAGUUUUGUGAAGACUGUACAUCUCCUACCAACUAAUUUAAAGUGACAGCCAAUUAACCAUAUGUCUCGUCUACAUUAAUUGGCUGAUUCUUUAUAUUGAUGUAAAAUGUUGACCAAUAGAAAUGAGGACACAUCUGUCACAAGUAUUCUCAUCUGUCUAUACGUUCAUUUGAAACUAAGUUUGAAAUUGAAGUUUCAAAGUUGCAUUGCCAUAUUUCAUUUAAUGCUUGAGAAAGACCUUUUUGUAAAUUAUGAAGUGCAUGUAUUGUUAAAUUUGAAAUUAUUUACAUUAUUAAUGAGUAACUAGCAUUGUCAUUCUCAUUAUUUUAUUUACAGAUGACAUUUGAAAACGUUGUACUAUAUGAAAACAAAUAUGGUAAUGAAAAUAUCCAUUUGAAUGGAAAUUAAAUUUUAAAUGCGAUUUGUUAACAGAAAAAUUGUCUUACUGUUUAAAAGUGCCAUAGAUACUUACUUUUUAAUGACUAUCAAUUACUCAAGUUAUUUUGUUAAUUAAGGAUGUUUUUGAUUUUUUGGUUGUGUAUUGUAUUUUUUUUAUUGCUUUAAACUAAGUGACACCUGUCUUUGAUAUUCAUUUUGUUCUAUUUAUUUUCACCAUUUUCGUUUCCUUUUCAUUUUAUUAUUUUCGUUUAUAAACUCAUUAUAAUACAUGUAUAUAUAAAUAGAUUUCAUUUAAGUUUUACUAAAAACGUCUCCAUAUUGUUCAUUGGAGAUGCACAUAUUUGUGCAUACUUUACUCUUUCUUUUUUGAAAGGAACAUUUUUUGGUUUUGAAGUUUAAAAAGUUGCUUGCAUUAGUUUAUUUCGGUAAGUGUCAGUUCUGUAGAUUUUUUUUUCAAUAUAUAAAUUCCAUAUAUGUGCUAGGGAAAUGUUCAUAGCCUACUGUACAUUUUUAGAUGAUUGAAUAUAUUACACCUUGCAGGGAGUAAAUCAGUAUUAUGAGACGUUAUGCCUUUGACCAACAACAUUGUAUGUUAUUUGUUCUUAAAUAAAAAUAUGUGUAUAUUUGUAGACAAUCAUUGGUGUAUUCACAAUCUUCAAGUUGUAUGGUAACUUUUUACUAAUGUUAAUAGAAACUUUGG